AUGGCACCUCAUUUUGAUGCACCAUCCCCAGCGGUCAGCUACUCCAGCUUCUCUGAAAGGAUACCAUCCAACCUGCGCCCGCUUGUUUCUUCUUCUCUAAGAUCAGGAUCUGCAGAGUCUCAAACGUCUCUCAGUAGCUCGUUUGAUGAUAGUUCGCUAGAGGACGUCUACGCAAUGGCCCGCCCGCUUGUCCCCGGCGUCUACGUUCCUACUGUCUGCUUCUUUGACCCUGAGACUGAGGACGUGGACACGAAAAGCAUAGCUCAACAUGCUGUACGACUUGCUCAGGCAGGUGUUACAGGCCUAGCCACGCAAGGCUCAAACGGAGAGGCUGUUCAUCUGACUCGUGAUGAGCGCUGCCUUGUGACCCAGACCACCAGGAAUGCACUCAACGACGCCGGAUUUAGACAUAUUCCAAUCAUCGUCGGCUGUGGCGCUCAAAGCACGCGUGAGGCCAUUCAACUUUGUAGAGACGCUUCCAAGAGUGGCGGUGAUUAUGCACUCGUACUUCCUCCAGCAUACUACGCAUCACUGUUUGCACCAUCGUCGAAAACAAUACUGGAUUUCUUUACCGCCGUCGCAGACUCAUCUCCGAUACCGCUCAUAAUCUACAACUUCCCAGGAGCAGUCAACGGCAUGGACUUGUCAUCUGACCUCAUCGUCAAGCUGUCCCAACAUCAGAACAUUGUCGGCGUCAAGCUAACCUGUGGAAACACUGGAAAGCUUAACCGCGUAGCCGCCGCUACACGAAAGCUGACAAAGAACUACGACCCAAAGAGACCAGAAUUUCUUGUUUUGGCUGGAUCCGCCGACUUUUCCAUCCAGUCACUCGCCGUCGGCGGGCAUGGCAUUCUUGCCGGCUUAGCAAACAUUGCGCCCAAGGCUUGCUUGAAGACAAUCGAGCUGUACGGAGCAGGCAAGUAUGAUGACGCACAAGAGAUGCAAGACAUCGUCUCACAGGGUGACUGGGUAGCCAUUCAGAGCGGAGUGAUUGGUGUCAAGUCGGGUCUCCAAUCUUGGUUGGGGUACGGAGGUUACGCGAGAAGCCCUUUGCCCAAGCCAACUGCCGAGCAAGCCAACAACUGGAAAGAAGGAUUCAGGGAAUUGUGGUCGCUUGAGAAAGCGUUGUGA